AUGAUCAAGAUGGAGACACCCGAAAUCGGCUCUUUAACAGCCCAAUCGCCUCAAGAGAGCCAGUUCGUCGGCUCCUCCAGCGGCGUCUUCUUCAUCAAGACCGUCCGGCAGGCCUUCUUCCCGUCAUCGGGAGAAUUCCCUCCUCCUGAGGACACACUCGUCGAAAGUCUCUGGACGCCUCAUUCGAGCACUCAUGAAGAGACACCGGUCUCACACUGGGAAUAUGACCCCUCCAUCGCCUGCGUCCUCGGCCAGUCGCCGCCGCAACAGUUGGCACGCGACCUCAUGAUGGUGUACUUCAAAGUCUGGCAUCCUCUGUUUCCAUUCCUUCACGGACCGACCUUUCUGCAUGCCAUGGAGUCUCUCUACGCCGAGAAGGACCCGAACCAGGCUCGCGAGAUAUCGCAGAACAAAAGCAACACCUCAUGGACUACAAUCUUCCAAUGCAUCUUUCACCUGGCUAGCCUGGUCCGUCAGGAUCUUCAACUUCCUGCGGAGUGUCGUAUCCAGUCCCCAAUCAGCACCAGCAUGCACUCUCUUCUGAGUCCUCUUACAGCGCGCCAUGAUCUCCUCUCACUACAGGCGCUGCUCGCCUCUCAACUUUACUUGGUAGCAACCAUGUCCCUGCGUACCGCGUCGACCGUCGGUGGCUGCAUGCUCCGAUCAAUGCUUCAUGCUGGCCUGCACCGUUGCCCAUUCCGGUACCGCGAACUCUCUGCCUCUUCGCAACACCGACACCUCCGCAAGCGCAUCUUCUGGUCUGCCUACGCGCUAGACCGAUACCUCAGCCAGGCACUCGGCCUUCCUCUCGGCGUCCAAGAUUCAGACAUCGACGUCUGCCCGCCAGGGAGUCCAGAAAUCCACAAACCGCUCCAACAUCUCCCUCUUCCGAACGCUUCAACGCCACAGCCAUCCGAAGCGGAAUCCGAGCAAAGCAAAAAGGAAACCCCCUUUGCCAGCUACGUCCAAUCGGGCAAACUAACCGGCGAAGCCCUUGAGCUCUUCCACAAAUCCAUCUUCGUCCGCUCCAUCUCGCAGACUUCGGUCCUCGUCCUGACGACCUCAGUUCACAAAUGGUGGAAUAGCCUCGACCUCCCUCCUUCUCCUCCCUCGCAACACUUACCAUCAUCAUCAUCAUCAUCAUCCUCACAUCAAAGCCCGACCUCCGUAACAUCAAUAGACUCAACCCCCUUCAACUACACUCCCUUCUUCACAAUCCUCUACCAACACCUCCUCUUACUACUCAACCGCCCCUCCCUCUCCCUCCCAAACUCAACCCCCGAAUUCGCCUCCGCGCUACAAUCCUGCAUCUCAGCUGCCCGUCACAUCCUCCUCGCACUGAAAGCGCAGCGAGACUCCCACCAAGCCCUCUUCUGGCCGGGGUUCCUGUCCGCCGCUUGGAUGGCGGGGCUGGUCCUUGCGUUUGCGUGUCAGCUGGGACAGUAUAGUCGGGCCAAGGGUUGUCAGGAAAUCUUAUCCUGCCUCGACUUCCUCCGGAUUAUGUCGACGCAGUGGGAACCGGCGAAACACUGCCAUCGCGCUCUCUCGUUGCUCCUGCGCGCCGUUUCGAAACCCGAUACUACGACCUCCGGCCCCUUCACCGCGUCUACUUCCGGUCCUAGAUCAGGACCGAUCGCCGGUAUGAGCACAGACACAGGCACAGCAAAAGCAGACACCGCUCCUCCAUCCGCAUCACGAACGGAUCCAGAUCCGAGUCUCACGAAUUCCUCAACUGUGUCUCUAUUAUCCCGGAACAGAACUAACUCGUCGCCAUCGAAUGCCCGCAAGAAGCGAAGACUAGAUGCCUCUUUAUCGUCUUCCUACCCGCAUCCAGCCGGUCCAUCUGGGUCAGGGUUCGGUCAUGUGAGUGAGCCGCCGACUCAAAUGAUAUCCGUAGAGGGGUCUUGCGAAGAUAAUCGCGGUCUUGGGGUGAAUGGGACUGAGAGUGAGGCCGCAUUCGGGUCUCAGCAGGAUUUGAACUGGGAUCAGACACUCGCUUUGGAUAUGAACAUGGUGGAUUUACUGCAAGAGGGGAACUUCGAUAGUUUGAUGGAUUUAUUUGGACAGCAGUAUCCGACCUUUUAG